CAAGAAAUAGCCUUCAGACAGUCCAUCCUUGUACUCUCUGUGAAUGCCUUUGACAGCAGGAAACAAUACGACAUAUAUGUGAGCAUUUGGACUUGUUGCACCAGACCUGCUAGGUUGGAAGAGGAGCAUGCAUCACAGUCCUCUUUGUUAAUAUCAACUCAACAAGUCAGCUUUUAACAAUGACCCUGCAGAUGGGGAUCCUGUGUCUGGCUCUGCUGGGCCUGAGCACAGCGCUAGUCUGUCCCGAUGGAGGCAUGUGUGAAGAAAGAAAUACCUGCUGCAAGAACACUGUGGGAGGAUACGGAUGCUGUCCACUACCAAACGCGGAGUGCUGUUCAGAUCACCUCCACUGCUGCUUCGAGGGGACACUUUGUGAUCUGGACCACGAGAGAUGUGUUAAUAAGACAGUUUCUCUGCCCUGGAUGACACGACUUCCUACCAAACAGCUCAGCCAGGAAGUAAAGGCAGUCAUUUGUCCGGACCAGGAGUCUGAGUGUCCGGAUGACACCACUUGCUGCCAAAUUCCUGACGGCUCCUGGGGCUGCUGUCCAUUACCCAAGGCGGUGUGUUGUGAGGAUAAGCUCCACUGUUGCCCCGAGGGAACACAGUGUGAUCUUACCCACUCGAAGUGUGUGUCUGCCUCACAGGAGUCUUUCCCCUUGCUGGUGAAGCUGCCUGCCAGAAGGAGGGGUAAUAAUCCAGCUUCUGCCGUGGGUUCAGUUCAUUGUCCUGAUGGGAAAAGCAGCUGCCCAGACAGCUUCACCUGCUGCCAGCUACCCAGUGGAGAGUAUGGCUGCUGCCCCUACCCUGAUGCCAUGUGCUGCAGCGAUCACGUCCAUUGUUGCCCUAGCAAUACGACAUGUGACGUGGAGCAUGAAGUCUGCAAGUCUGGUGAGAUGCAAGUGCCGCUGUUGAAGAAGAUCCAGGCUCAGAAGAUCUCCAAUGACGUUGUGUGUCCAGACAAGCAAUCAGCGUGUCCUGAUCAGACCACAUGUUGCCAGAUGUCCAACGGCACAUAUGGCUGCUGUCCAAUGCCCGAUGCCGUCUGUUGUUCAGAUCACAUCCACUGCUGUCCUGCAGGCACAGAGUGCGACCUGGUUCACAGCGCCUGUACGUCGGCCCAGGGAGAGACAUCCAUGGCCAUUAAGAUCCCUGCAGCUGUGAUAGAGCUGGUGGCAGUACAGAGCAGAGUCGGUGCUGUUCCCUGCAACGACUCUGUGGCCUGCGCUGAUGGAAACACCUGCUGUAAAUCACUAGGGGGAGAAUGGGCCUGCUGCCCCUUACCGAAGGCCGUAUGUUGUAAAGACCACAUGCACUGUUGUCCACACGACACCGUUUGUAACCUGGCAGCUUCCACGUGUGAUGAUCACUCAGGCAACGCCGUGGUGCCCUGGCUCCAACACCAACCCACCUUCCUCUUAUUAACCGAUAACAGCAAGUGUGACAAAUCCACAUCGUGUCCAGGAAAAUCCACCUGCUGCAAGACCGCCACUGGAGACUGGGCCUGCUGUCCACUGCCUCAGGCUGUUUGCUGUGACGACCACGUGCACUGCUGCCCUCACGGCACCGUCUGCAACCUGGAGGAAGAAACUUGUGACGACACGUUAGGUUUCUUACCGUCCCUUCACUGGGCGUCAAAAAUCCCCGCUCUGACCUCGGAGCUGCAGGAAGAGAAGUGUGACAAGCAGACCAUGUGUCCUGGAGGCACCACCUGCUGUAAGAAAAACUCUGGGCAGUGGGCCUGCUGCCCCUUACCUCAGGCUGUGUGUUGUAGCGAUCACGAGCACUGCUGCCCUAAAGGCUACAAGUGUAAUGUGGCUGAGCAAAGUUGUGACAAAGUCGGUGACCGCAGCCUCCCCUGGCUCCAAAAGAUACCAGCCCUGCAGAAAGUUCUCAUCCAGGCAGCAGUUGGCAGUCCAGCUCGGUCGGCCAAGAACAUGUGUGACGCCCAGACCAGCUGCCCAAAGGACACGACCUGCUGCUUCAUGAAAAAUACUCAAAAAUGGGGCUGCUGUCCCCUGCUAGAAGCAGUCUGUUGCGAAGAUGGAAACCACUGCUGCCCCAGCGGUCACACCUGUGAACCCCACCGCUCCUCCUGCUCUAAAGGCCCCCACGUUAUACCCUGGUUGACCAAACUGACCGCCCUGACCGAGACGGGCUCCGUGACAGAUGUUAAAUGUGACGACAAGAGCAGCUGUGCUUCAGGAACGACCUGCUGUAAACUGGAGUCGGGAGAGUGGGGAUGCUGCCCUCUGGUUAAGGCCGUGUGCUGCGCCGACCACGAGCACUGCUGUCCUCAGGGCUACACCUGCAACAUGCAGACGGGCACGUGCGAGAAGAAGGAGCAUGACGUGCUCAUCCACACCCUCCCUCAGAGCAAAGUGGUACGGUCCGAGCAGAUAGACGCCGAGGUAGAAGCGGACGUACCAUGUGACAGCACGGGGGUGUUUCACUGCCCCAAGCAAGAAACGUGCUGUAAGACAUCAGCGACAGAGUGGGCCUGCUGCCCCGCACCCAUGGCUGUCUGCUGCUCUGACUCAAAGCACUGCUGUCCUGCUGGAUACUCAUGUGACCUGCAGGCCGGAGGUUGCACCCAACAAACUCAGCUGACCUGGGACAUUUUCUUCGGGGACAGAAAGAGAGACUUUGUCCCCCGUGGACUUUAACCCACUAAGAGGUGCUCUGAUCUUUGUCACACUACAAUCUGUUACAUCCAUCUACCGCUCAUGUUGUCUGUGGACAGUGAGGGCUUUUUUUCCAACAGUUCCUGUUUACUUCAUCAUUCAUGGAAGUAUAUUCACCAAGUUUUUACACUCCCAAGUAAUUUUGGUGGUAGUUGUGGAAAAGAUUUGGCUUUGGUGCUAUACAUGAAAAAAAUACCCUGAAUGCCAUCAAGUGACAAUACACUAAAAUGUUUUUAUUUCAGCAUGAGUCAUCUUGAAGUGAAAAACAGUGAGCAGGAGUAUUUUCAUGUUUUGCACCUGGCAAAAAGAGAAAAAAAUGCAUCAUCACCCUCACUUAAUGGAAAUCAUACUUUAUAAUAAAUGUACAUGGCAUUUAACAAAUAUGGGAAGUAUAGCAAGGCUGCGACUGCAUUGCAUAGUGUCAUUUAAACAAUAAAGCUGGCAUUUUUGUAUUUUUCUUAUCAUCAGCAAAUCUCAUAAAAAGACCAAAACAAACAACAUGUUGGUGUCCUCAGCUGUCUGUGGCUCUGAGCUCGCUGCUCCUACUGAAGACGUCAGUCUUUAAAAACAGGUCACAAAAAAGGCUCAAUAAUACGAAACACUGCUGAGAACUGAAACAUUACUGGAAUAGAAGUAUUCAGUGUGUUUUUCUAGGACUAUUUUCAGCCGUGGAUUCUUGGUAAUCAUAGUAAAAUAAACGCUUAAAAGAAAAAAAAACAACUAAAUUGAAUAAUUACAUUGUUGCAAAAUUUUAACUGACUAUAAUUUCAACAGGCUCAGUAAAUAUUCCCCAAAGUUAACUUUGAUGCAUCCAAGUUCAAUAACCGCUCCCAUUUCAUGAUCAUCUGUGAACCAGAAUAUUUUAGGGUUUUGUCGACGCCUUUCCUAAAAUUUGGACCGGACUCAGACCUGGAGUCGGGUCUUUGUUACUUAGAACCACAAGGACUCGAGAAGACCUCCACUUCAGAGUAUUUCCAGCAGCAGGACAGCCUAUGUGGGAUUUAGUGAAAAUAACUACAAAUAUAUGUAUGUUCAUGGUAAUAAAAGGGUCAAUUGAAAAACAGAGCUCUAUUACACAGAGGAACAUGAUGUAUUGAUCUUCAGAUAAAAAGAAAACACUAGUAGAAUCAAUUCAUGGUUUGUUUUUGGUGUUUUUGUGGGAUUUGUUGACCAGUCGUAUCUGUUAAUUUACAUCAGGAAGUUAAAGGUGUCUGCGUCCUUUUGAAUAUCAGACAGCUUCAUGGUUUUUGCUAUUUUUUGAUUAUUAUUAUUAUUUGAAGUGAGUAACUGCCCAGACCUGUUCCAUUUUCUCUAUUAAAAAUAGAGUAACGUGAAUGUACUCUCUGCCUUAUUGUGAGCAAAAUUAAAUUGGGGAUUAAUUUAAGAUUAAUGCAUCAUAUUUGAUAUAAGUAUUCAUUUGCAUUCUCACACCCCCUCUUGAUGAGGAAGCAGCAUUUCCUUUUUUUCCCCUUUUUUUGUAUUUGCUUGAAGGGCACAAGUUGAUGACUGUUAAUCUGCUAGUAUUAAAGGGAGCAGUAAUUAAGUCACAACUGAUUUUUCUGUAUAUUAUAUUUCAUCUUUAUCUUUUCUGUGAAUUAACAAGAAGUUAUGACAUUUUUUAAAAAGUGAAGAUACAUUUAAUGGAAAGCAGUGAUGGAAAUAGUGUCUUACUUUAAUGGUUAAAGCAAACAAACAAUGACGGACCAUUCAAAGAGCUCGUGCCUUCUAACAUUUCACUCUUUAAGAGGUGCUGGUUGGUCAGUGUCAAACAUCCAAUUUCUGCCUGAGGAAAAGUCUGUCAAUCACUGGAGAGGAAAAAAUAUGCUUUCAUUUUGUGUCUUGGACAGCUGUGUCUGGAUUUCUCUGAACGCAGCCAAGAAAUAGGAGCCAAGUACAUCGUAAUGUCAUGAGGAAACAAAUUCUGGGCUCGCUCCAUCACCAGAGAACAAAAACCUCUUGAGACGAUACCAUGUGUGUGUGCUGAGAUUUUUAACUGAGAUGAACUUCAAGAUGAAAUGUUUAUGUUUGACGAGCAAAUCACAGUCAGUUUCCAGUCAUUGAUCCAUAUCGUCAUCGAGUCUUUUCAUUCUAGUUUUGGGAGCUUCCAAAAACACCGAAGCGAGCUCUUGAAUGUCAUAGGAAUACUGCUCUUGAAACGUGUAUUUCAUGAGUUUUGCUUUGUUUUGUUGAAGGCCUCAAAAGUGUUUAAAUUGUAAUUUUAUCAGAAUGACUUUUUGCAAUUUAAGAUUGGACACAUGCUGAAAUAAAAUGUGAAACGUGUUGAUGAUUUGCAUUGAUUCCAGACUCUUCUGUCAGCUGAGUCAACGUAGUUUAAUUUCCAUUUGUCAUAGCCACUUUCAGAUGCUUGUCUUUUUUUGGGUGUUUGUUUGUUUGUUUGGUUUUGUCCCCCCCGCUGUGAUUUGGACAAGUACAUUUUUUUGCAGCCUUUUUAAAGGAAGAUAUAAAUUUGAGAAGGAGGCGAAAUAUUAAAGACUGAAAUAAAGUUCUUCAAAAUAUCA